AUGGCGGAACUCGAGCUUUUACAUCACUUUACCACCGAAACCUGCUACACCCUUUCGGACCGGUCUGAAUCACACGAACUAUGGAGGGUCACUGUUCCCCAGGUAGCUUUUCAACACGACUUCCUGAUGCGAGGUAUACUGGCCAUAUCUGCACUUCACCUUGGCUGUCUGAGACCGGACAGACAGACCGAUUGGGGUCAUGUAGCCGCCAAGCAGCAAGACGCUGCGCUAAGUUCUUUCCGAAAGAUCAUGACAAACAUGGACGAAUCGAACUGCGAUGCUUUCCUUGCACUCUCUUCACUGAUAGUGGUUUACGGCUUCGAGUCUCCCAAGGCUUCUCACAGCCUCGGCAUGUUCGACUAUAAGGGUCAAGAUUCUGAUGAAUGGCUUCCACUUAUCCGUGGAGUCAACUCGAUUAUCAUGUCCGUUUGGCCCUGGAUCAAGAACGGUCGGCUAAGUGGCCUUCUUCAUGACCACAUCCAGGAGCCGCCUCAGACCGAGCUACCGAGUGUUCUGAGUGAGCAACUCACACACCUUGCGGACAUGUGCGAUCGCGCUUCCGGUGGACCCGAGGCGGUCAACGCCUACAAAGCCGCUCUUGAAACGCUCAGAGUCUCGUUUGUAAGGAUGAACAAUAGGCCCCCUUACGAAUGUGAAGUUUCUAUAGCGUUCUUAUGGCCGGUCAUGAUACCGCAGGAGUAUAUAAUGAUGUUAAACGAGAAGAGGCCAGAGGCACUCGUCAUACUGGCUCACUACUGUGUCAUUCUCCACCAUCUUGAUGACUACUGGUGGAUGAGAGGAUGGGCAAUGCAUAUCAUCGAUAACAUCCACCGCGAACUCGACGAGAAUUGGCUCUACUUUGUCCAAUGGCCCACCAAUGUCAUCUCCGUCGACCAGAAGGUCCUCACGGACGGGACUUUGCAGAAUCCGAUUUCCGGAAAUCGUGUCAGCAACAACUUCAAUACAGCGAUAGAUUCGUCACUGAAUAUUCCGAAUGAAGAGGCCAAAGCCGGAAAUGACCGAUGA